AUGCCGAAGAACCGACCUGCGACCUCGGGCUACGCCCGUCUGGCCCAGGAAGAAGAGGAUAGAGCCAAUGACUUGUAUGACUAUUCCGAUGACGAUGACCAAAACGAUUCCCUCGGCACAAUUUCCCACUCCGCUCCCCGAUAUGCCCCCAUCUCCUCCCGCGCGCAAAUGGAUGCGUCCAUUUUGUCCUCACCCCCAGGACAUCGUCGGAGACCGAGUGGCUACCAUCGCCGAGGCCGGAGAAACUCUGGGGUAGAUAUCAAGGCCAUCAAUGCGCGCCUUGAGCGGUGGGCCGAAGAGAUCGCCUCCAAGUUCAAGAUCCAUAAGGUCAAGGGGAAGACUUUGGAGGAAGAAAAGCUUGAAAUUUACCACUCCGUAUUCCAACCCCCGAAUGGUGUAAGACCGAUCUCCGCUGAAGAGCUCGAGUCGGAUGAAAUUGAAGGCGCGGCGCGAAGGGCUCGGGAGGAGUUUGAGGACGUUGUAGAGAGUGUCCACUCAGCGAUACGGAUGGGGAUGCACCCUCGCAUGAUUUCCCAGGGAAGCUCCGGUAGUUACUUUGCGCGCAACGGCGAAGGCAAAGUCGUGGGGGUCUUUAAACCCAAAGACGAGGAGCCUUAUGCGUCCCGCAAUCCCAAGUGGACGAAAUGGAUUCAUCGAAACCUGUUCCCAUGCUUCUUUGGUCGUGCCUGCCUGAUUCCUAACUUGUCCUAUGUCUCUGAAGCAGCCGCUUAUGUCCUCGACUCUCGUUUACGCACUAAUCUCGUCCCUUACACCGAUAUCGUGUGGCUAUCCUCAAAAUCAUUCUACUACGAUUUCUGGGACCGGAGAAAGGCAUGGAUGGGCAAGCGACCCCUUCCCCCUAAGGCGGGUAGCUUUCAGGUUUUUCUGAAGGGCUACAAGGAUGCGAACCUCUUCCUACGAGACCAUCCCUGGCCAGACCAGACCAAUACUGGCUUUCGCGCGGAAGAUGCCCCGAAGCGCAAAAAGAGGCCCUGGAACGAGGCUUGCCGUCCUUCUGGAAUGCAGUCAGAUGAUGAAGAUGACGAUUAUGAGAACGGAGAUAUACAAACCCCAUCGCCAAGGGAGGAGAGUAGGGAGCGGCGGUUCUACUGGACCGAGGGUCUCAAGCAGUCAUUCCGUGAGGAGUUGGAGAAGUUGGUGAUUUUGGAUUAUAUUAUGCGCAAUACCGACCGUGGGUUGGAUAACUGGAUGAUCAAGAUCGAUUGGAAAACCGAAGAAGUGUCUAUUGUCGCCGAUCCACCGAAGCCUAACGGGACUCAGCAGGACGAUGACGACGACCAUCUUCCUCCCGCUCGCCCCGUUUCUGUCAACUCGGAGCGCACGGGCUCUGCUCGUCUUCCCUACAGACGACACGAGGCGAUGGUGGCUGUGAGUCGCACCGGCACUCCGCUGAACUCGUCGGAACCUCAAGCGUCUAUUCAGAUCGGAGCUAUCGACAACAGUUUGUCCUGGCCAUGGAAACAUCCUGAUGCUUGGCGAAGCUUUCCGUUCGGCUGGCUAUUCCUUCCGGUUUCUUUGAUCGGACAACCUUUCUCUCAGAAGACUCGGGACCAUUUCUUACCUCUCUUGACCUCAACCUCCUGGUGGAGCGGUACGCAGAUGGCGCUGCGACGCGUAUUUUCUCAGGACGAUGAUUUCAAGGAGAGCAUGUUUGCGAGACAGAUCGCAGUCAUGAAGGGACAGGCUUGGAACGUUGUAGAGACGUUGAAGCAGCCUGACCAUGGACCUCUAGAGCUCACACGAAGAGCCCGUGUGUGUGUCUGGGAUGAUCUCGUGGACGUUCCUGUUGCUAUUCCUCUUCGUGGACCAUCGACGGAAGCCCAAAAACGUAAGGUGAAGAGUUACGAGAACUACGACUAUGACCCUGACCACGAAGAGAUGGAUAUUGGUGCAUCCAUGUCGCUGGGAACCGGCCCCGAGAAUGAUUUGCUGGGCCUUGGAUCCUCCCCGAAUGAGCUACCAAACCCCAACCGAUUCGAAUUGUCACGUGGCCGAUCUCACCAGCCUAGUACACGAAGAAUACCGAACGGCAGUCCUGCCACUAUUGGUGACUACAGGGUCAGUCAGGACGGCAUUGAUAGCAUGAUUCAUGGGCGAAGUAUGGACCAAAGCUGGCCUUCGCUUCCCCCGCGACCUGGAAACAAACAUCAAAAGCACAGUUCGAUAUCCAGUGCCCGCGGUCAAGCGCAGCUGAUCUGGAGUAGUGACGAUCUCGAAGGAGAUCUUGGAUAUGCUGCUGCGGAAGGGAUGGAGGGCAAUCAGCGCAAAGUGAUCGUUGAGCGGUUGGAAGCUGUGAAAAGUAAAAAUCCGGUUUUCACCUGGUGUUGA